AUGCGUCUGUUUUCUAGCGUCCGGACGGCGGCGUUCUGGCUGGCACCCGCCGUUAAUGCCCUGACCAGCGGCGCAUCGAUCUCAAAAGGCAUUGCUUCUGCCCACAUCAACGACACGGCCAGUGCAAGCCUCUCACCCGACGAUGGCGGCCGUAUCCGUGUUUUCGACCUCACGCUGACGUGGGAAGACCACGCGCCCGAUGGCUUCACGCGCAAAAUGAUCCUCAUCAACCGCCAGUUCCCUGGUCCGCUGUUGGAGAUGGACGAGGGCGACGUGGUCCACGUGGUAGUGCACAACGCCAUGCCCUACAACGCGACGAUGCAUUUCCACGGGAUCGAGAUGGAGGGCACCAACUGGUCCGACGGCGUGCCGGGCCUGACCCAGCGGCCGAUCCAGCCGGGACGCAGCUUCUUGUACGAAUGGAAGGCAACGCAGUACGGCAGCUACUGGUACCAUGCGCACGAGCGGGGGCAGCUGGAUGACGGCAUGAUCGGGCCGCUUGUGAUACGAGCAAAGAAGACACGUCCGCGGCCGUUUGAGAGCAUGGCCAACAGCACCGCGCAGCGGCAGGCGCUGCUGGCGGCCGAGCGGACCAGCCGGCCGCUCGUGCUGUCGGACUUCCGGCAUGUGCCAUCGCAGGACGGAUGGGCCAUUGAGCUGGCGUCGGGCAUUGAAACGCCGUGCUACGACGCCGUGCUGAUCAACGGGCAGGGGCGCGUGGACUGCUGGUCCGCCGCCAAACGGCAGGCGCUCGUGACGCCCGCGCAGAAGCACCUGUUGGACCUGGGCAACGAGACAUCUCUCACACCAAAAGGCUGCCUGCCCGCCAGCAUUAUUGCCAACGUCAUCGCGGCGCCGGGCACGCCGAGCAACCUGUCGGCGAUACCGCCGGACGUCUUUGACGUGUGCACGCCGACGGAGCACGCGCUGGCCACGGUGGAGGUCACGCGGUCCGCAUCGUCCGAAACGUGGACAGCGUUCGACGUCAUCGGCGCGUUUGGCCUUCUCACGGGCAUGUUUGCCAUUGACGGCCACGCGCUGUGGCUCUACGCCGUCGACGGGUCGUACAUCGAGCCCAUGCGCGUUGACGCCAUUCCAGUCACCAACGGCGCGCGCUACUCCGUGCUGGUGCCCGUGGCGGCCGCGGACGGCAACUACACGAUCCGAUUUGCGUCGACGACGGGCGCGCAAAGCAUCACGGGGUUUGCCAACAUGGUGGUGCGCGCCGAGGACGAGAACACGUCCGUACGCGUGCCGGCGCGGUCCGAGAUGCCCACCGCACCCGUGAUCAACGACGUCGGCACCAACACGUCCAGCAGCGUCGUCUUCUUCAAGCAGGCCGACAUGCUUGCGUUCCCACCCGACGACGACGUCCGGACAUCGCCCGCCGCCGCCAACCGCACAUAUACGCUCGGCAUCCGCGUCGCCGGCGCCAGCUACAGCUGGGCCCUCAACCACACGGCCUACCCGAUGCAGCUCGACAGCGACACGCCUCUGCUAUUUCAGCCUGCGCCCGCAGGCCGAGACAACGUCACGCUGACGACGCGCGCCGGCGAGUGGAUCGAUCUCGUAUUCCAGGAGCUGUCGUUCCCGAUGCCGCCGCAUCCCAUCCACAAGCACGGCAACAAAAUGUGGCUCAUCGGCACCGGCGACGGCAUCUUUCCGUACAGCAGCGUCGCCGAGGCCCUGCAGCACAUCCCGCAGCAGUUCAACAUGGACACGCCGCCAAAGCGGGACACGCUCCUGACGCCGGCCGCGACCACGGGCCCGGCCUGGAUGGUCGUGCGCUACCGGGUCACCAACCCGGGGGCCUGGUUCGUGCACUGCCACAUCCAGAGCCACCUGAUGGGCGGCAUGGCCGUGGCCAUUCAGGACGGCAUUGACCAGUGGCCCACGGUGCCUGUCCAAUACCGAGACUACGUGUGA